AUGGCCACUACUUGCAGCUACGACAUUGAGCCAGAGAAUUUAGGGAAUUCUGAGGACAAAGCUGUGGUGAAGAGAGACAGUGUACUUUCCACUGUACUCUGUCGACUUUCACAGUUUUGGCCAGUCAGUUUCGUGAUGCGCUCUCUGCGUGGCUUGUGGUGGCUGUUGGGGUUCUCUCGUCCUGAGGAGGCCCUCCCUGCCUCUGUGGGGCACGAUUCUCCCUCUGCCCGCCAGUGCCGCACAGGCAAGAAGCGGCUGCGUCGGGUCACCCGUUUGGUGCUGGCCUUCCUGCCCUCCCGGCUGCAGAGUGCGCUGGGCUACCCUGUGUGCACCAGCAUUGGCUGCGCUGUGUCCCCAGACGUGCGGUGCUCUCCCACAAAACCAAGUGGGAAGGGCAGCAAGAGGAAGCAGGCAGAUGUGGAUGAUGACGAUGAAGAGGAGGAAGAGGAGUAUCAGCAGUCCUGGGUAGAGGCGCUCACUCAAGAGCUGGCAGAGGAGGACAGCCAGGCUGAUCCAGAUUACGAGCCCAGCAGUGUGGGGGAGACGGACAGCGAGGAGUACCGCUCGCACAAUGAUACAGAGAGUGACAUAGAAAUACAGGACGGCAAGGAUGGCAAGAUGAUCAAAGAUGUUACUGAUGUGCCUGCUGAGGCUUAG